CAACUCUAUAUUUUGGGGCUCUGCCUUUUCUGACAGAUGUUGUUGCUGCUGUUAAUUUUUUUAUCUUUCAUUCUCUAACACUAUUCUAUGAGUGUAUUUAAUCUAGUUUAUUGUUUUUAAUAAUUCUUAUCAAAAUACAAGCAAUUAAUUAAAAUUUAAACAAUACUUUACAAAUAUAUAUUGAGCAAUUAUUGGCCAUUUAUAUAAAGCUAAAACUUUUGUGGUUAAAAAGUUAAAAACAAAAAAAAUGCUACAAAAUAUAAUAGAUUUUUGCAAUUAUUGGUGGUUUCGCUAUUUAAUGGUCACCGAAUUAUACAUGGUGGAGAAAUGGGAACGCAUAACAAUACAUGUGAUAUUUGCAGUAUUAUUUAUACUUUUUUGGUAUUUCAACUAUUCCGUACUACUUUCAUUCACUGGCAGUUUAUUUGGCAUAACUCCUAUAUCAACAAUAAUGGAACAACAAAGUAGUAAGCUCGUCGUAUAAUAAGCUUUUAAGUUAGUUAAUUAGUAACAAAAAAACAACCAAAAUGUUUGCUUUUAAAUGUAACGAAAAAAAAUGUAUUAAGUUCCCUAAGCAAAUUACAACAGAGAGGCAUAUUUAUUAGUAAAAAAAGAAAACGUAUUAUAGUAUUUAACAAAAAAAAAAAAAAUAAGAACAAAUAUUAAUAAAAUGCUUUGCUAUUGUAAUUUGUACUUAAACACACAAAAAUGUAACUGAAAAAAACUGAUGAUAAAAGAAGCCUUAAAUUAAAUACAUUACAACAACUUUAAACGCAUUAAUCUUAUUUGUUUCAUUGCUUAUGUUUGUUUUAUAUUUUUCAAUUAAAUCUAUGUUAUUACAUUGUUAUAUAAGCCCACCUUUAUCUAGUGGCUUCUUUGUAAUGAAACUACUAAAACAAUCAUAUAUUUUUGUUUUUUUUUUUUUACUUUAAAGUUGUUUUGAACGAAAUCUCUAAAUAAAUAAAAUUUGUAUUAUGAACAUAUUGCACAGUUUUUAUUUAACUUAAAAUUAUCAAUGGAAAAUAAAGAAUGUAAUGUAAACGAAAUUUUGAAAUAUAAAUCUUCAUAAUUGAACGAUUUAUGUCAACAUUUUUUAAUAAAUUUAUAUACAUACAUAUAUAACACAUAAUCAAUUGUUUGUGAGACAUGUUUAAGAUUAACUUACAAAAAAAAAAUCUAUAAUAAAAUGUUUAUAAUUUAAAACUGAA